GCAGUUUGUUUGUUUCGUUGCAGUCGUUUUGGUCAAAUGAGCGCUUUGAAAAUUGUAUUUUUGACAAAUUGACGAGAUCUUUUUGGGCAUUUACGGAGAUAUUAACAUUCAUGGAUGACCUUUCGCCUAAGAGAGAGAGUUAGCGGGAUACAGCAACUAAACGAGUGGACAGAUAUUCUUACGCACGAACUUCACUCUUCUUCACUCUCUGAUAAAAAUUCCUUUGAAUCUAAAACACACAAAAGGGACAUAUUAAAGACAAACAGCAACAUGGCCAAGGAAGUCAGACAGGGAAGACGAGCUGCCCAGAAUUCUCAACCUCAGCUGGAUGCCGAAGAAGAUGUACUGGAUGCGGCUCUCGGAGAUAUGGCAGAGACUGACAACAUCAAAGCACAGACAGAUCUUGAUCAGCCUCCACCAAAACCAUCAAGACGGCAAGGAGGGUGGGCAGAUGACACUCCAAAAGAGAAAAAGAAAGGGAGAAGGGGUGAUGUGGAAACCUUUCAAGAAGAAGAUGAAAGACUUAAAAUGGAUAACGCAGUAACACAAGAUGAUGAUGAUGGGGAUAUUCCUGUGAUCCCUGACCUUGAGGAUGUACAAGAGGAGGACAUGAUGACUCAGAUUGCUGCUCCACCUAGCGUUCAAGUGAACAGAGUGGCGACAUACAAGGAACUGGACAGUUAUUUUCAGAAACAGUCAGCUCUCUUUAAUGUUAACUUACUGGAUGGCGAAAUUGACCUAAAACUCCUCACUAAUGUUUUAUCUCCAGAAACGGAAGUGUUUGAGGAGGACAAACCUUGGGACUGGGACCGACUAUUCACUGAAGUAGCAUCCGAGCUACAAACCGAGUGGGACACUGGGAAAGAAACAGAUGAACUAGAAGAGUCUAACACAUGAACGAACUAAAAACGUUUUAAAUUAUUGGAGACGGAGAAGGCCAGGAAAUAUAUUUAUUAAUCCAGAGCCGGCAAGUGUAGGAAAAUUUGCCUUUUAUUUUUCUUUCCUUUUUGUAGUUUUUCUCUUCUCGUAAAUAUUAAUGCUCGUAAAUGCAACGAGGACGAGUUAAAAAUUGUAAAAUACAGUAGCCACUCCUUCUCUUUGCAGACGCCGCCAUCGUAUGCAAAGUUCUGUUCAUACAGCAUGUACACAUUCGCGCUUUUUUGAGUUUUCUGUGCGUUCCUCGGUGAAAGAACUAGCGGUCAAAUGUCCUAACAAAUAAAACAAAACGAAAAAACAUGAGAAACGCA